UCCGCCUCCUUCCCUCCAGGUGGCUCCCUCGAAGGGGAGAAGGAGCGGCGCGUCCUCGCAAGCGGAGGCAUCCAGAUGCGGAGCGCCCGGCUGCGCCCUCGCCUCCCCCGAGCAAGGAUAAAUCUGCAGUAAUGAAGCCUUCCGCCUCUGGGAUUAUUGUAUUUCUGUUGGCCUUGGUACCAUGGAGUGAUGGGAAAUGUAAAGAAGCAGGUUCAAGGCCAGAGAUGAAUCUGAACAUCAAAUAUCAGCUUCCCAACUUCACUGCAGAAACUCCAGUGCAAAAUAUAGUUCUGUACCAGCACCAUAUCUACGUUGGAGCAGUCAACAAAAUCUACGUCUUAAACGAAAGCCUUCACAAUGUCUUUGUGUACAAGACUGGACCUGUGCUGGAGAAUCCUGGCUGUGCCCCUUGUGAAGAUUGUAAACAUAAAGCAAACCAAUCCAAUAGCACUUGGAACGAUAACCACAACAUGGCACUACUUUUAGAAACAUACUAUGAAGAUCAGCUCAUUAGCUGCGGUAGUGUUGCAAAAGGAACUUGCCUGCGCCAUGUCAUUCAUGCUGAUAACCCUGCUGACAUUGGCAGGGAUGUGGAGUGUAUGUACUCAAACCAUGAUGAGUCAGGCCAGUGUCCGGAUUGUGUUGUAAGCCCUGCAGGGACUAAAGUCCUAGUCAUGGAAAAGGACAGGUUUGUGCAUUUCUAUGUUGGAAACACAGUAGUGAAUUUAUCCCAGCCAGACCAUUUACUGCAUUCAAUAUCAGUUCGAAGAUUAAAAGAAAGCCUAGAUGGAUUUAAGUUUCUCACCGUUGACUCGUAUAUUGAUGUCCUUCCACAAUUCAGGAAUUCCUACCCCAUUAAGUAUAUUCAUGCCUUUGAAAAGGACCACUUCGUAUACUUUCUCACUGUCCAGAAAGAAUCUCUUGAUUCCCAGGCUUUUCACACAAGGAUCAUACGGUUCUGCUCUUUUGAUUCUGAGUUGCGUUCAUAUAUGGAAAUGCCGCUUGAGUGCAUGUACACUGAAAAACGUAGGAAGAGGUCAACCAAGCAGUCCAAUGAGGUCUUUAAUAUUUUGCAGGCUGCAUAUAUUGGUAAGCCAGGAGCAGCCUUAGCCCGGGAAAUGGGCCUUGAUAUGAACGAGGAUAUUUUAUAUGGUGCCUUUGCCCAAAGUAAACCAGACUCUUCAGAACCGUCUCAUAAAUCUGCUGUCUGCUUAGUCUCUAUUAAAACCAUCAAUGAAUUCUUCAGCAAGAUUGUAGACAGACAAAACAUGAAAUGUCUUCAGCAUCUCCAUAGGAAGAACAGCAAAUACUGCUUGGACAGGUCUUUUUCAAGAAAUGCGUCUUACUGCGGAGCGCAAGAUGACGAGUAUCUACUGGAGGUUACAAUGGCUUUGCCACGGAUUGACUUAUUUGCAAAGCAGUUCGGCACUGUCCUCUUAACGUCCAUAUCUGUCUUCACUAAAGGGGAUCUUACCAUAGCGAAUCUUGGGACAUCUGCAGGCCGUUUCAUGCAGAUAGUGAUUUCUCGUUCAGCACACACAACACCAUAUGUGAAUUUCCAGCUAGAUUUUCAUCCUGUUUCUCCAGAAGUUAUAAUUGAAAAUUCGCCCGGCGAUAAUGGAUAUAUCUUGGCAGUCACUGGGAAUAGGAUAACAAAGAUUCCCCUAAACGGACCAGGUUGUUCUCAUUUCAAUACCUGCAGUCAGUGUCUUUUGUCACCUGCCUUCAUGAAGUGUGGUUGGUGUGGUGAUCGAUGUACGCGAUCUGGGGAGUGCAAUGUUGGAGAGUGGACACAAGAGACAUGUCUACCCAGACUCAAUGAGAUUCUUCCAAGAAAUGUACCUUUUGACGGUGCAACUCGACUGACAUUAUGUGGGUGGGACUUCGGAUUCAGCAAAACUAACAAAUUCAGUUUACAAACCAUGUCGGUUCUUAUCGGUGGACAACGAUGCAUUCUGGAUGUCAAAGCAAGUGACAAAAACAAACUGGAAUGUACUGUUGGUGCUGUCAGGAAUCCAAGCUUUAACGUUUCAAGCACUGUUUCAAAUGGACAUGCUAAUAUUUCCUUCAAUACGUUCUCUUAUGUGAAUCCGAUAAUAAGAAGUAUCUCACCCAGCUAUGGCCCAAGAUUUGGUGGGACAUUGCUGACAUUAACCGGGGAAUACCUCAGCAGUGGGAAUUCUCAAGAGGUUUUUGUUGGUGAAAAGCAGUGCAAUUUAACAAGAGUGUCUGACACCACCAUAGAGUGUUACACCCCUAAACAAGGAGACCAGUCAGAGUGUCUUGUGAGAAUGAAAAUUGAUGCAGUCUUUCGUUUUGCGGGUCAAUUUAUAUACAGAGAAAACCCUGCUGUUUAUAAAAUUUAUCCAGCCAAAUCCUUUCUGAGUGGUGGAAGCACAAUUACAGCCCAGGGAAUCAACCUGAAUUCAGCAUUCUCCCCAAAGAUGGUUGUAACAGUCCCUAAACUGCACAGGAACUUUACUGUGGCCUGUAGCCAUCGCUCCAAUUAUGAGAUAAUUUGCUGUACAACUCCUUCGCUAAAACCCUAUAAACUGACAUUGCCUUUUGUGACAAAAGUGUUUUUCGUUUUUGAUGGUAUCAACUCAUCACAUUUUAAUUUUGAUUAUGUGAAUGACCCCAGCUUUACAUUUUCUGAAAAACCAGUGGUGAUUUCUCAAGGAAACCAAAAUAUAGUCAUUAAGGGAAAUAAUAUCGACUCAGAAGCUGUUAAAGGUGAAGUGCUAAAGGUUGGAAACAAGAGCUGUGAAAACAUCACCUUGAAGUUUCAAUCUGUUUCUUGUACUGUUCCCACAGAACUGCUGAAAUCCAAUAGUCAACUGAAUAUAGAGUGGAAAAAGGAAGUUUCUUCAGUACUUAUUGGGAAAGUAAUGGUUCUGCCAGAUGAGAAUUUCAAUGGGCUCAUUGCAGGAGCUGUGUCAGUAUCUGUUUUUCUAUUGUUGGUGUUUUCGGGGCUUUUCCUCUGGAGAAAAAAGAGAAAGCAAAUCAAAGACUUAGGCAGAGAGAUUGUUCGCUACGAUGGAAGAGUGCACACUCCUCACCUGGACAGGCUUGUAAGCGCAAGAAGUGUGAGUCCCACAACGGAAAUGGUGUCGAGUGAAUCUGUUGAUUACAGAUCCACUUUUCUAGAAGAUCAGUUUCCAGCUUUGUCUCAGAAUGGAUCGUGCAGGCCAGCUCAGUAUCCUCACUCAGAUUUAUCUCCCAUUUUGUCUACUGGAGACUCUGAUUUAGCCAGCCCAUUGUUGCAGACGCACGUCCACAUUGACAUUGGUGCCUUAAAUCCGGAUUUGGUCAAAGAAGUUGAGCACGUGGUUAUUGGCGCCGAUAGCCUGAUAGUGCAUUUUAGUGAAGUAAUAGGAAGGGGUCACUUUGGGUGUGUCUAUCAUGGGACUUUGCUGGAUACUGACGACAAGAAAAUCCAUUGUGCUGUGAAGUCCUUGAAUAGGAUUACAGACUUGGAUGAAGUAGCUCAGUUUCUGAAAGAGGGGAUCAUAAUGAAAGAUUUCACUCAUCCCAAUGUCCUGUCUCUGCUUGGAAUUUGCUUGCCCAAUGAGGGGUCUCCCUUGGUGGUGCUUCCAUACAUGAAACAUGGAGAUCUUCGGAACUUCAUUAGGAACGAGACUCACAAUCCGACGGUAAAAGAUUUGAUUGGUUUUGGCCUGCAAGUAGCAAAGGGGAUGAAGUACCUUGCAAGCAAGAAGUUUGUCCAUAGAGACUUAGCAGCAAGAAAUUGUAUGCUGGAUGAAAAAUUCACUGUUAAGGUUGCUGAUUUUGGCCUUGCUCGAGAUGUCUACGAUAAGGAGUACUACAGUGUACACAAUAAAACAGGAGCCAAACUGCCAGUAAAAUGGAUGGCUUUAGAAAGUUUGCAAACUCAGAAGUUCACUACAAAGUCAGAUGUGUGGUCCUUUGGAGUGUUACUUUGGGAGCUGAUGACGAGAGGAGCACCACCUUAUCCAGACGUAAACUCUUUUGAUAUCACUGUUUACUUACUGCAAGGAAGAAGGCUCUUGCAGCCUGAGUAUUGCCCAGACCCACUAUAUGAAGUCAUGCUUAAAUGUUGGCAUCCCAAACCUGAACUACGGCCAGCAUUCUCUGAGCUAGUUUCAGAUAUAUCAACCAUCUUCACCACUUUCGUUGGGGAACAUUAUGUUCACGUGAACGCAACCUAUGUCAAUGUGAAAUGUGUGGCACCUUAUCCAUCUCUUCUGUCGUCCCAAGACAACAUAGAUAGGGAUUCAGAUACAUGACCAGGUAUAUAUUACUAUACAACCAGGGGAGGAAGAAAAACCCUAAAUAAAAGCCAACGACUUUUUUGCCACCUGGUUUAUGUAAAAGCACUGUUGUAUGUGUCAUACAAAUUGCACUAUUUCAAGGAGACAAUUUCAUGUUGCUGAAUGCUACAGCAGUCUGUACUGUCCGCUGUUACCACAAUAUCUUAUCUCUUGACAGCUUUUGCUCAUUUGUGACCAGUCCAGCUGGUGUUAUAAAUUAUAUUAUGUACAACUGCUGGAUUCAGAGAGUCAUCAGUAAUACAGAAUCCAGGCACUAGAGGAUGAAUUAUCUCUGUUGGUGCCUGCACUCAGCAGUUUUUUUGUCGCAUAAAUGCCAAUCCUUAUUCCUGGAUUGCAAACAUUUCUCUCACCGGUGUUUCCUGAGGUUUGCUUUGCUUGCUCUGUCAGUCUCGGCUAUUUGGAAAUCAUUUUCCAGAUUUGGAGAAUCACCACUUUUGUGACUGGUUUUCAAAACAAUUUGGAAUUCUGGGUCACAGUUAUCACAUGAAAAAAUAAUCGCUGCAGCUUUACAGAGUCAAGGGCAAUGUGAAUAGUGAACAGAACGCUUCCAUCCAUCCGUGGGGGAGAUUGCCUUCUAACCAGUAGGCCAAAGAGUGAUCUUUAAGCAUUCCGGAGUGUAGACUGAGACAUUUCAGAAGAUCUACGUGGGCAGCUAGGCACCUGAACUAGAUCUAGCUUUCUGUGUGUGAAACAAACGAAGAACUAUGGCCGAAGAAAGGUGAGGGGCUGAAAAAACAAAAGGAUGAGUUCAGCCAGUUGAGAACCAGAAGUAGUGCAACAUUGUGUGAUCCUUUUGAAGUUGGGAGGUGCCGUUUACAAGUGGAUGAUAAAAUCAAGAAAAAAUGUGACACAGCUGAUAGCUGCCUGUUGCAUUCAGCUGGCUUGGCUGUUGUGACAUGACCAAAAUACAGAAAGAUUUUAAAGACAGAGAUAACAAGAUUUGAAAACAACAACUAUGCUUUUAACUGUACACUGAGCGUCAUGUUUCAUUUCUGUUCCUGUGGAAUUCUGUGCAUACUACUGUAUAGACUGUUUGGUGUAGGCAAAUAGCUAGUUUUGUUGGUGUAAGCCCUUCCAAAUCAUUCUAUUUUUAUAUGGGGAAAGUUUUAUUUUUAAUUAUAUAUAAAUAUACAUACAAAGUUUGUCUAGGCCAUAAAAUGUUGCACUGUGAACAUUUCAAAAAAUUUUUUAUCAGCCUGUGAUUGGUAUGUGGUAAAAGAUACUCAAAAACUUUGUUUUGUAAAGACUGGAAAGGUAAAGAGUUUGUUGCAAGCUGUCUUGAGGUGAAGUGUUAAAAUCUCCCAUUGCUAACAUAAAAAACCACAACCCUUAAGAUCUUUGAGGAAACAACGGCUACAGAGAAUCCAGUCCUAAAGGAGAUGUAUGGUUCUUGAGAGAUAAUGCUACACUGAACAAUUUACAACCAGGUUGGAGUGGGUAAGCAAACUACUUGCUGACAAUACUGGAUUGUAUUCAAUGGCCACAUCCAUUUCCGCGGCAAACACUUCACAUGUGCUGAAAGCAAUGCUAAUUGUGAACUGCCUAAGCACAAAAAAAUCUGCUGUAAGCAAAAAAUGAAAAAUGAUUUUCAAAGUUAUGGAAACUUGUGAUGUCAAGAGCAGAUAUUCUACUGUGUACACAAACUUUGAGAGAGAAUGGAGGGGAGGAUCAAACAAUUGUAGUGUUUUUGAAGAAACAUUAACGUUAUGUCGGGAUACCUGUAUCUAAUACGUGAUUCUUGUAGAGAUUUUGAUGUUUGUACAUUCCUAUGCCUGCCAAUAAGAUGGAUGGUACUUACAUUUAUAAUUGUGAUGAUCUAACAGACUUCUUAGUAAAAAAUAAAGUAAAAUAUUUGUAUGCUG